CCCUUCCCUGCGCGGCCCGAUUCCGUUCGAUCCGAAUAUAUGGUUUACAUGGCUUUCCCAACAACACGUGACCCGCAAAAGGCCAGGCAUUUCCUGCAUGGCCAUGAAACUGAGCCGGAGCCGGUGUGCGGACUUUACGCUGACCUGGACCUUGCCCUUGAUCUACAGAGGCUGGGCCAAAGCCUUGGGCGCAGAGAAAGUGCCGGAGGUUCCUCGGGAGUUGCGGGCGCAGCCCACCUUGGCAUGGGCAGAGCUUCUAUGGAGGGAGGAGAAGCAGAGAGCCGCCCAGUGUGGGCGAAGCGCAAGCUUGGAGCGGGUCUUCUGGCGGGUGUGCCGCCCGGAGAUCGUCGCGGGCCUAGCCUUCGGCAGCGCCAGCGGGUUCCUCACCACGGUGGCGAGGCCGCUGCUGCUGCAGGCGCUGAUCCUGGCGCAGGAGGAAGGAGCUGACUCUCGGGUGCUGGGCUCCUGGGCUGCAGCGCUCUGCGCGGCUCUGCUUCUGGAGGGCGCCAUGUCCACCUUGAAUCGGCAUGCGGUGAUCGGGCGGAUGGGUGUGCUCUUCAACUCCGCCUUCUCAGGGCUGGCCCACGGCCACUCCAUGGCCUGCGCUACCUGCUGCCUACAAACAGCCCCCAACGUGGGGAAUCUUGUCGGCAACGACGUGGUGCGUUUCCAGCAGAACUUGUUCUGCAUGUCCAUCAUCCCGGCAGCCUCCGUGCAGUUCAUCGGGGGGGUGGUGAUCCUCAUCUACACGUUGGGCCUGGCAGGGGUGGUGGGUUUGUUGUGCAUGCUGGCCAUGCUAUUCCUCAACACCAGGCUUUCAGUGCGGGCGAAGGCAGCGGAGAAGCGCAACCUGGAGCGCAGCGACGUGCGCAUAGGGCUGAUGAGCCAGAUCAUUCACGGCAUCCGCGCUAUCAAGUUCUGCGCCUGGGAGGAGAGCUUCGAGGACCUAGUUGUGAAGGAGAGAGCCAGGGAGUGCAUCCCCUUGAAGCAGUACCGAGUGCUCUCGCAGGGUACAGUGCAGGUUGGCCGCGCCAACCCCAUCGUAGGGUGCCUUUUCGCAUUCGUAUUUCUGGCACUCUCUUCGCGGGAUGAUCCAGAAAAGUUCAAGCCGGCGGACAUGUUUGCGGCGCUGAACGUUUUCCUGGCGCUACGCUCUGCUCUCAUCGCCAUCCCCGAGGGCGCCAUCUACGUGGCGACCACUCGCGUGGCCAUCCGGCGCCUGCAGGAUCUCUUGGAUAUUCCUUGCGCUCCGCAAUAUGUCACAGAUUGCAAAGAAGAUCCCUGCAUCCUGGUGCAAGACGCAAGCUUUCAGUGGCCAGCCACAGGAGUUGGUGACGGCGACGGAAGCCUUCAGAAGCUCGUCUCCACUCGUUCCCUUGCCAAGGGCGAGCUGGCAGUGCAGGAGCUGAAGGUGACACAUGGUUCCUUUGUGGCGGUCGUUGGAAGCGUGGGCAGCGGCAAGAGCUCCUUGGUGCAGGCCUUGCUUGGGGAGAUGCCCAUGUGCCCCUCCUCAAAGGUGUGCCUGAACAUCAAAGGCCUGGCCUUCGUCCCUCAGAAGGCUUUUGUGCUCAGUGGCACGAUCAGAGAGAAUGUGGCCUUCGCAGAUGAGAACGAGCGUGAUGAGGCGCUGAGCGCCGCUCUGUCUUCCGCCUCAUUGCUGGAGGAUCUCACCAGGAUGCCCAAGGGCCUGCACACAGAGGUGGGCGAGCGCGGGGUGGUUUUGUCUGGAGGUCAGCAGCAACGCCUGUCGAUCGCCCGGGCGCUUUACCAGGAUGUGGAUUUGCUAGUCGCAGAUGAUCCAAUCUCGGCCCUGGAUCCUCUGGUUGCGGACGAGGUCUUCACGGCGCUGAAGAGCUUCGCGGCUGGCGGCCGGACCUGCUUGGUGGUCCUGAACCAGCCGUGGCUUCUCCCGCACUUCGACCAGGUGCUGAUGCUCUCCGAUGGACAGAUCGUCGAGCAGGGGUCUCCGGCCGAUUUGCUUGCGCGCGACGGGCCACUUAGGACAUUCUGCGAAUCCUCCGGUUACGACCCCUCAGCUAUGCUUUGCGAAAGCCCGCGAAAGGUGUCUGCCGGAGUAGCGCCAGGGGAUGCAGGAAAGGAGACGGCCAAGGACACUCAGGAUGUGAAGGACUUGGUGCGGGAAGAAGAGAAGCUGGUGGGGACGAUGCCUCUGGCGAUUCUCCUCAGAUACAUCGCCGGCAUGGGCUAUGGCUGGUUUGCGCUGUGCAACCUGCUGGUCGUUGCCGCCUAUGGAACUUUGGGCUUCGUGGACUUCUGGCUUGCCCACUUGAUCGAGGAACGCAAGGAAGGUAAUUCUUCCAAUGAUGACCUGAAUAUCGCAAUCUAUGCCCUUGCCGCGACUAUGGUUCUGGUCUUUAUGUGGAUGGCCUCCUACUGCUUCGGCGAAGGUGGGGUGCGGAGCUCGCGGAACUUGCACAAGGAGUGCUUGCGCUGCUUGCUGCAUGCUCCGGUGUCUUUCUUUGAGUCCACACCAUCUGGCCGAAUGUUGUCGAGAUUUUCGAACGACAUUGCCAUUGUGGACAAAGAGAUCCCAAAGUGGCUCGACAACAACUGGCAGAUCUCCGCGAACGCGUUGAUGCUUUGCGUGCAAGUGAUCAUCGUGGUGAACCUGAUGUUCCCCGUGAUGGUGGUGGCAGCGGUGCUCUUCUUCAUGGUGGUUGUCAUCAUCAACCGCACCAACCGCGAGCUUCGGCGCCUGGCCAAUGCUGCCAUGGCGCCCGUGCUGACAACUGUCAACGAGUGCGUGAAUGGACGCCAUGUUGUGCGCACCAUGAAUGCAGCUGACUUUUUCAAGCGCAGAUUGUGCAGACACUUGGACGAGUACCACAGCUUCAGCUUGUCAGCCACUGCUGUUGUCAAUACUGGAGGGAUGUGUUCUUACUUUAUUUGCUUCCUGAUCUCAAGCUCAGCUUCAAUCAUGAUCAUUGCCAACAAAGACCAAUACAAGCCGAGCUUUGCUGCACUGGCGCUGACUUACAGCUUCUACAUGCCGUACUUCUUCCAAGCCUUGACCCAGAUCUCCCAGCUCCUCAUGAACUCUUUGACCAGCUUGGAGCGUCUCCUGCAGUACGGCAACGGGGGCAUACUCCCUUCAGAGCCAGCCUGGCGGCUGGAGGAUGACCCGCCUACCUGGCCGGCAAAGGGCCGGGUCGCCUUUGAGGAGGUGUCCUUGAUCUACCGUCCAGGCCUCCCAAAAGCCGUGGACAAGAUCUCCUUUGAGCUGUCGCCUGGCGAGAAGGUGGGCAUCGUUGGCCGCUCUGGUGCUGGCAAGAGCACACUGAUGGUCCUGCUCCUGCGCUUGAAUGAGGCCACGGAAGGCCGAAUCCUCAUCGACGGGGUGGAUAUUUCCAAGAUCGGGCUCGGCAAGCUUCGCAAGGCAGUGGCCGUGGUGCCGCAAGAUCCACUGCUCAUCGCCGGCACGGUGCAACAGAACCUGGACCCCUUCUCUGAGCACUCCGACUUUGAACUGGAGACGAUUUUGGACAAGGUGGGGCUGGACCCGGGCCUCAACAGCUCAGCGGCGUCCUCACUGAGCCACGGGCAACGGCAGCUGCUGACCCUUGGGCGGAGCUUGCUGUGGCCGUGCAAGGUUCGCAUCUUCGAUGAGCCGACCUCGAACAUUGACGCGGCCACAGACCAGACAAUCCAACAGCUGCUGCGCUGCCCCACCACGUUCGGAGAAUCCACGCAGAUGACGGUCGCUCACAGAUUGCAGACGGUUGUCGACUGCGAUCGUAUCCUCGUCAUGUCAGCAGGGCAUCUAGUGGAGACUGGGCCUCCCCGUGAGCUGCUGGCAUCUGUCAACUCCCACCUUGCCGCGAUGGCAAGGCACACAGGUCUGGCUUCUCAAUAUGACGAGCCCUCCUGCAAGGAGAGCCUGUAGGCGAAGGUGGAAACUAGUCUUGUAAGGCAAAGACAUCCUUACAUACCCUUCGCUUUUUGCGCUGCGCUUGGCGGUGCCAGUUUUCGAUUCUUGCGUCAAGCAUCAAGCUCGCCCCUCCAACAAAGCAUAGAAGUA